AUGGAAUUAGCUGUUGCCUUCAGAGCUUUUGUUGAUAAAGUGUUAAGUGAAAGUGCAGGGAAUCAAGACAGAACCAGACGAUUUGAAGGUGAUGGAAAUGACGUUCAGUAUUCAUUCAAAAGUGAUUCACCAGAGAAUGAGGAAGAACAGGAAAGCUGUGAUGAAGACUGUGGAAGUGAAGGAAAUGUAAAAUCACGGACAGUUACCAAGCAUGGUUACAGUCAACUUUUCAAACUGAGUGAAAGUCAGUUUUAUCAGAGAGACUGCCUUGAAAGUCAACAGCAAACUCACAAAGAAAAAGAGGCUUUGUCAUCCACACUAUAUGAAAAAAGGUUUUCAACAAAAGAUGGUUUGAGGAAGGAGGGGUCUGCCCACACUAAGAAGAAGCCAUUAAUGUGUAGUGAUUGUGGAAAACCAUAUUUUCAGAGAAGUGAACUCAAAGCUCACAUGAGAAUUCAUACAGGUGAAAAACCAUUCACUUGUACGGAAUGUGAAAGUCAUUUUUAA